GAAAUUUCAAUUAUAAUUGUUUUACAAUGUUUUCAUUAAAACUUUACAAGUUUGGUAUUUUAUUAUUUCAUAUGAUUUUAUAUACAAAAGCAGAAAAAGGUUUAAAAAAAUCAUUAAUUCAGUUAGAUACAUUACUAAUGUUUUCGGGAUGGAAAAAUUUAAAUGAUUUGAUCUUUAUAAACUAUUACAGUAGUUAUCAUUAUCCACAAACUCUGAUUGAAAUACCUACACAUCUCAAUAAAUGCAAUCAAAAAGUAAGAGCCUUAACUAUAUAUCUUGGAUGUACAUAUGCAAAAGUUAUGAAUAAUCUUUUUUCAGUUAUUAGCAACAUUAUACAAAAUUGUGAAAAUAUAAUUAAAGAAGAGAAACGCUUAAUAAAUGGAUACAUUUGCACAGAAGAAUUCAUAAGCAUAAUAUCCAUAGUAGUUGUUCCAAUGACCACAUUGAUGAAAGGAGCUAUGGACGCUCUAGAUUUAUUGCAUAAAAGACCAUGGGUUACUAUUGAUAAACCACCCUAUAUAUUCAGUGCUUUAUUUGAGAGAAUAGAAAAUAUCAUUAACCAAUUAAACAAACUAACUUUAACACGUUAUAAUAUAUCUUCAUACUUGGAGGCAUUAAAAUAUAUAUAUUCAUUUUCUGAAAAAGUAAUAUUUGAUAUAAACAAUGAAUCUUCAUCGUAUUGUAAUUUUGUAACUUAUGAUAUAAAUUAUUUAUGGAACAAAUGGGUUCAAGAGCAUAAAGUCAUCAUUGGACAAGGUGUAAAAUUAGUAUUUUUAGAAUUCUUAAGUAGAAAAAUUAAGGGUUAUGUCAGUACAGUAAUUAAAGAAAAGUAUUUUAAACUCGGAUUUAAAUUUGAUCCAAUCACUGAAGAAACAUUUAUACCAGCACCGCAUGAGCUAAUUGAACUAGAAUUAGAAUUUAAAGUAACAGAUGCAACAUAGCCUCCAACGCCAAUACAAGUAGAAAAUCAAUAAGUGUUUAUUAUUUAUAUUUAUACUUUAUAACUAAUCAAAAUUAAAUAAUUAUUUCAUAAAUCUUUGAAUAAUAAUUAUUCAAUGAUAUUAAUAAUUAUUAUUAACACAAUAAUUUGAUUCGUAUUUUAGUUUAUGUUAUCCCUUAUAAUAUUAGUAUAUAGUAUGAUUACAAAUAAAAAUAUAAAAUGGUGCACUUUUUGAUUUAUUGAUAACUUUUUAUUUACCCGAACCUACCUCAAAUCAGUGACACAACUGACACAGCCACGGCGUUGUCACACGUUUGACACCCCGCGGUCGUGUCAGCUCCUUCACAGUCACCGCUCCACUGUAAACCGAACCGUUACACACACGCGUUAUCGUCGUGGUGUAAAGUCCAAUAAAUGCCCAGCGUCGAUACGCUGCAUACGUCGAGCAAGUCAUCUUCGUGAUACCAACGUAUGCGUACCGUCUGCGAGUAUAUAACAAGGAUCGACACGUUACUUCGGCAACUUCAGCGGGUUCCUUUGUUUUCAAUAGUUUUAAUUUACAUAUUUGUAUACGCUCCGCUUGUUUUUAUCUCUUUGUGUAUUUCAAAAAACAAUAAACGGUUUUUUUUCUUUAUAAACAACCAGUGUCGACUACAAUCUUUUUUGUUGUUUCUUUUUUUUUUUGUUUUUUGCGACGUAAGAUGUCACAAGGUAUAAAUAUAUCUUUUUUCAAUAAUGUUGACAAAGUAUUUGAUUUGCGCAAAUGUUUUACAAAAUUUACUUUAUAUUUUUAUGAUCAACUUUUAACCAUUAUUAUUAUUAUAUAAACGGCAUAUAAUAAUUAUAAUUCUUCAUAAUUACACUUCAUAUUAAUAAUAUAAAAUUUAUCAUUAAACCGGGCUUAAAUAUUAUAAAUAGGUAAAAAAGUUAAUACAUUACAAAAUUUGUAGUUGAAUUUAUUAUAUUAUAGUA